CACCCCCACAUUCUCUCUCUGAGUCUCUCUCAAUCUAUGAGUAUAGAAAUGAAGAUUAUGAAGGGAAAGCUUUUGAGGGCAUGCAUGAACAAGUGGAGAAAGAUGGGGAGGAGUAGAGUUGGGCCUUGUGCUGCCUGUGAGUACUGCUGUCAAUGGGCUUUGUGGCCUUCAACACAUGAAGAGCACUCAAUUCCAAAAGAUGUCCCAAAGGGUCACUCAGUAGUGUAUGUGGGUGAGAACUAUAAGAGGUUUGUAAUCAAAAUCACCUUACUCAAUCACCCACUCUUCAGGGCAUUGCUGGAUCAGGCUCAAGAUGAAUAUGAUUUCACUACUGACUCAAAACUCUGCAUUCCUUGCGAUGAAAACCUUUUCCUCAAUGUCAUUCGCUGCGCUAGCUCUCCAGACGAUCGAAGGACUUCUCUUCGACUUUAAGAAUUCAUCAACAGGGAACUUGAGAGCAAUUUGACUGAUUCAUGAGGCUGAUGUUCUAAUGAUGACAAUGCUGAUACGUAGCCAUUAUAAUGUUGUAUACCAUGUAGAAUUGUAACAUAAAUAUCCUCCAGCUCACUAAUGUAAUCCUUUAUUUUGUGUUAAUGAUAUGAUUUAGUUUAAGAAUUAUAAAUUUAA